AUGAUCGAGCAUGAGUACGCGUACCGGCCGUCGCUCGAGUCGUGCGCCUCCAAGCUGUCGGAGAAGCUGCAGGGCGCCGGCCUGAUGGCGGCCGAGCCGAGCGCCACGUCGGGCGUCUCGCUCAGCGACUCGAACCACUUCUCGCUCUCGGUGCUGCUGCGCGGCGCGUCCGAGGCGGAGGACGCGUCCACGCGCGGGCUGGUGCUCGAGACGGUGGAGAAGGAGUUCCCGAUGCUGCGCUGCGUCGAGGAGCGCACCUCGCUCGAGAUCCGGCCAAAGCCGCAGUGGAACCGCGCAAAGGCCGUCAAGUGGCUCACCGACACUGUGGUGGACCGCGUGGCGGGCACGCUCGGCGUCAAGGCUGUCGUGCCCGUCUACGUGGGCGACGACACCGCCUUCGGCGCGUCCAUCUGCGAGCUCGAGGGCGGCGUGUACGUCCACAUCACGGGCGGGCCGUCGUCGCACGACGGCUCCUACUUUCUGCGCGAGGCGUCGCAGGCGGACGAGCUGCUCCGCUUCUUCGUCGAGCAGGCGCACGCGGGCGUGACCUGGCACCGCGCGGCGAGCAGCGAUCGGGUACCGCGGUGA